AUGGCAAGUUUUAAUCGCUUAUUGCCAAAACCUAACGAGUUUUACAUUGAACUACAAGAACGAGCUUACCUUGCUGAAAACAGGCGUCACAAAAGAUUUAUAGCGAUUUUGUUUUUACAGCGAAUGACACGAGGUUACUUGAUUAGAAAGUAUAUUGCUUGGUUAUCUAAAAAUGCAACUAAAAUACAAUGUGCCUUUAGGAUACACAGAGCACGUAAAGCAUACCGUGCGGCCUUGAGAAGAGCUGUUGGAUACAAACACGCGAGGUAUUACGCUCAUGCAGCAACGACGAUACAGGCUGUUUGGCGGGGACAUUACUCAAGACGUACAAAAUUCUGUUAUCGGUCAUACAGAAAAUGGUUAGCUACAGUAAAGGAACGAGGUGAAAGACGUGCUGCAGAAGCCGCCGAAUUUGGUAUUAUUAGUAGAGCUGAUGACUUGAGGAUUUUGGAAGAAGAAGCAAGGCAGUGGCUUGCAUUUGUUGUGUAUAAAUUACAUCACUUACUUAGAACAUAUGUAUGUCCUGGUGUUUAUUCACAAUUUGAAGCUACCGAACUAUCAGAUUUUGAAAAGCUACUGAAAUCUAUUCAUUAUACUGAGUAUAUGAGGAGACUCAAACGAAAAUAUAAUGAAUUUGUUAGGAAAUUUCGUCCACGAUUUUCUAAUAAAAGAUUAUUUCCAAUUAUCGGCGAUGGUGCUGAUUAUUGGUAUCUUUCAUUGCCCGAAAUGUAUGAACUGACAGCUCCUCAUCCAAAAGCUGCCGAUGAACGACAUCAUGCGUCACAUCAUGGGCUGAUACAUAAAAAACCCUUUUUAUGGAAGAAAGUGAGACCCAAACAUUUGAAAGAUGAUAGAGGACCAUUUAAGAUCUGUAAGCCACCAACCCCAUUAUCACCACCACCACCAGCGCCAACACCUAAUUGUGACAGGAGACCCCAAAAAGAUCCCCUAUUUCAUUUAUACGUUAAACAUUAUACUCCUCAACCAGAUCUUUUUGAUUACGUCGACUACCACAUAAAUGUUCUCUUAUCCAGGAAAUGUUCAAUUCAAAAUAUAGACAAUGACAUGUAA